CUGCCUGGCCGAAUUCCUGCACCCUCUCUUCAUGGAUGUGAUGUUCGCGCACAGCAGGCGUACUUGUGAUCCGUCUUCUCUGUGUGUGUGAUCCGUGGUCUGCCUGCUUCUGUCUGAAUUUCCUCUAGAAAAUUCACAGGGUCAAGCAUCUUAGAUAAAGCGCAGCAAUGGCUGCUAUUUAUUCUGGCAUUUCCCUUAAACUUAAGAGCAAGACAACCUCCUGGGAAGAUAAACUAAAACUAGCUCACUUCGCCUGGAUUUCCCACCAGUGCUUUCUCCCAAAUAAAGAGCAAGUAUUACUUGACUGGGCAAGACAGUCACUGGUUGCAUUUUAUAAGAAAAGACUUGAGCUGACGGAAGACGUUGUUGAAAGGCUUUGGAUCUAUAUAGAUAACAUUCUCCACAGCAGGAAAUUGCAGAACCUCCUCCAGAGUGGCAAGACGGUUACCCUUCAGAUUUCCCUAGCAAAGAUCAUAAAUGAGAGGAUAGCCGAACUCUCUCAUUUGGAAUCUCGGAGAAACGCCUGUGCCAUCCUGAGUUGCUGCCAGGGCAUCCUCUCCACACCGGCCCUUGCUGUCAUCUACACGGCCAAGCAGGAGCUGCUGGUGGCCCUGCUGAGCCAGCUUUGUUGGGUGGCCUGCAGGCAGCCGCACGGAGCCAUGGUCGCCCCGUUGUUCGAGGUCCUGCACCUGGCCCUUGGCCAGUACCGCUCCCUGCAGCAGCAGCGUGGCAACCCGAGGCGGGCCUUCAUGGAUGUGACCGAGCACCUGCUUCAGCCCUGCCUGGUGCUAAGGCACUUACUCUCUGUGGGCACGUGGACACAGGCUGGCCAGGGCCAGCUGCGGCAAGGUCUGAGCAGGGAGGUCAGGAGUCAGAUUGAGGCUGUGCUUCGAGGUGGCGUUUUCCAGGCUGAGCUGCUCUCAUCCUACAAAGAAGAGCUCUUGGACCAGCAGCAAGGCCACACGAAGACAGAAGCUGUGAAGGGUCUUCUGGCCCCCUUGGACACCGUGGUGACCAGACUGGUUGAUGCCGGCUACUGUGAAGCAGCCAUUCUCGUCCCAGUGGUGGCCGGCUCCAUUGCCUUGCUGUAUAAGCUCUUUCUUGAUUCUUAUUUCAAGGAGGGGAACCAGCUUCUCUGCUUCCAGGUUCUCCCCAAGCUGUUUGGUUGCCUGCGGGUUUCACAGCUGCAGCAGGGGCAGGUCAGAGCCCUGACCACGCCAGAAUGGACCGCAGAGCUGUUGGCUGUGGAGCAGCUGCUCAGCUCGGUGGCCGACAACAGCAUCUACAACAUUGCCACUGACAGGCUGCGGCACGGCGAGGUUCAGUUCCGCUUCUACCGCCGCGUGGCCGAGCUGCUGGUCAACCAUGCGCAAGCCGCCGUGCCAGCCUGGUUCCGCUGCCUCAAGAUUUUGAUGUCUCUGAACCAUUUGAUUUUGGAGCCAGACCUGGAUGACCUGCUGUCUUCAGCCUGGAUUGAUGCAGAAGUAACAGAGUUUCGAACCAAAAAAGCCCAGGAGGCACUUAUUCACACACUGUUCCAGACCUACGCCAAGCUCCGACAAGUGCCACAGUUGUUCGAGGAGGUGUUGGAGGUGCUCUGCCGCCCAGCUGCCGAGGCGCUGAGGCAGCCCGUGCUGGCCUCGGGCCCCUCCGCGGUGCUCCGUGCGUGCCUCCUGGAGCUGCCCCUCAGUCAGGUCUUGGACACGUGGUCCCUCGUGUUGGAGAAGUUCCAGGCCCUCGUCUUGCCCUCCGUGGAGAGUGACACGGACAUGGCCCUGAAGUCGCUGUCACUGAGCUCGCUGCUGCACGGUGUCAUGUCCAACAUGCGGAGCCUUGACAGCAGCACGCCCCUGCCUGUCAUCAGGCGGACACAGCGCAUGAUGGAGAGGAUGCUGGCUGAGCUUGUGAGGCCCCUGCUGUCCCUUCUGGACCCGCCGGGCCCCAAACCUGAGCCAUGGCUGCAGAAGGUGAGCGACUCUGCACUGCUACUCGCCUGCACCUGGGCCCAGGUGGACGCCAUGCUCAGUCUGAACUGCAGCCAGUACUGCUCGGUGGCCGGGUCCCCGGAGGGUGCUGCCCUGGAGCUCUCCCCACUCCCAUCGCUGCUUCCAGGUGUAGGAACACAGCACUGGAGGAAGGUAGAGGAGCUGACGGCUCAAUGUGACUCUCUCGGCAGGUACUGCUUAGAGCAGCUCUACCUGCAGAGAAUGAAAAGCACUUUAAUGCAUGCUGGUUUCCGGUCCGAAGCAGCCCUCCAAACUCUGAGGGCCGACGCUGCCUACAUCCUUGGUUCUGGCAGAGAAAGUCUGUGUCGAAGGACAGUAGCAUCCUGGGAUGGCCAGGUCGGGACUGUGAAUGCACUCACGUACCCUGUCGCACACUGGCACUUGGUUGUGUCAAAUCUCACAGUUUUAAUAUCAUACCUUUGUCCAGAUGAUGUGAGGAACUUGGCCAGAGUCCUGCUGAGAACUUUACCAGUGAGCCAAGUCCAGGAAGGCCUGGCAGAGGAAGAGCCUCAUGUCUCAUUGGGCAAGAUCUCCACGGCCAUCCUCCACAGCGCACUCUUCCCAGAGAUGCAGCCCCUUCAUUCUGCUUUCCUAGCGUGCGUCGCUGCAGAAUGCUCAAGCAUUUUGUGUUCUGGCACCCAGACUGACCUGAGCCUUCUCAGUCAGCAGCUGCCGUGGCUUUUUGAAAAGGACUACACCAUCAUGUCUCACUGGGAAAACAGAUUUGCCAGAUCUGGACCUGAAGGUGCAGAGCCAAGAGGAGAAAUUGCACAGACCUUACUGUCCAUGGUCCAGAGCGACUUCCCCAUCUGUUUGGAGGAAGAGGAAGUGCAGAACAUCCUGGGGCUCUUGGAAGUUGUCUCUGCUCUCCAGCUGGACAGCCUCUCGCCGCCCUGCCAUGUGCUCUAUUUCCUUCUGCUGCUGUCCAUGGCUGUCACCAGGCUGGGGCGUUCUUGCUCCUCCUCCAUGGCGCUCAGGUUCUGGAUGACCUGCUACCGGCUUCUCGGCUGCCUGCAAAGGGGAAGAAGUGCCCGCUCAGUGUUCAGGAUCAUGUAUGCUAGUGAUGUGUUCGAGAUCGUACUGACCUCCUUGUUCAAAGUCAGUAGGAGAUUCUCGGUGGAGACAGACGACCCUUCCUGGCUGGAAUUCCUCCAAGUGACAGGGAUGUUCUUUGAGCAGCACCUGCAGAUGCUCAUCAACAUAAAACUGAGCUUGGUGCUCAAUUUUGGAAAAAUCAUCACAUUCCUCUCAAGGUGCAAAGCAGAUGUGGAGGCAGCUCCCGGCAUGCAGUCGGAAAGUUCGAACUCUCUCGCCAAGCAGCUCCUCCUGGUGUCCUUAACCAAGUUGUGCCAAGUCCUGGGGCCUUUCGUGCAGGAGCGGAGGCCGCUGCAGGAGGCCCGGUCCGUGCUGCCUGAACUGCUGCAGCAGGCUGUGCUGCAGACGGGGGCCGUGCUGCGACUCUGCUCGGCCCCCGGGCGCCUGCCCACGGCCCUCAUCUCCAGCGUCAGCACACUCUUACAGGCUGACCUGAGCCAGCGCCAUGGGGGCGGAGGGGCCGAGGUGGCCCAGGUCCCGGGCACCACGCCGCUGUCCCACGCUGUCCUCUACCAGGACGUGUACUCCCAGUUGCUGUCGGAGCUGCCAGCUCUCGCAGGAGACGUGUCGUCUUUCCAGGCGGCCGUGCGGUUUUUAGAGCUGUUCUUUUUAACUCCAGAACUCCAUCCCAAGAAGGACUCCGUUUUUACCUCCUUGUUUCAUUCUAUGAGAAAAGUCCUUGCAGAUCCGCAGAUUCCCACCCAGGUAACUCAGGAUCUUGAGCCUCAUCUGGGAGCCUUGUUCACCCAGAUGUUGGAGGUCGGGUCGACAGAGGACUUCAGGGUGGUGAUGCAGAGCAUCCUCCAGGGACUGGAUGUCAGGAAUGCGUGGAAGGCAGACCUGCAGGCCACCUUGUCUGCUGUCGCCCUGCUCAAGCUGCUCCUGAACUGCCCACUCAGCGCAGAGAAGGCGAGCUUGCUGUGGCGCGCGUGCCCCCAGAUCAUCACAGCCCUCGCGCUGCAAAACCGAGAGGCAUGCCAGGAGCAGCCUGUGGCUCUCCGAGUGGUUGGGCCUAUCUUGGACGUCCUGGCCAUCUUGCUGCGGCAGGGGGAGGAGGCCAUCGGCAACCCGCACCACGUCUGCCUGGCCUUCAGCAUCCUGCUGACAGUGCCUCUGGACCACCUGAAGCCCCCGGAGUACGGGAGCAUCUUCUCGAGGCUGCACAACGUGCUCUUCUCCAUCCUGCAGUGCCACCCCAAGGUAAUGCUGAAGGCCAUUCCUUCUUUUUUGAACUCUUUUAAUAGAUUGGUGUUUUCAGUCAUGCACGAAGGCCGUCAGAAAGACAAAGACAAAGGCAGCGCGGAUGACCUGCCCGUCAUCGUGGAGUGCGCACGCCUGGUGGAGCGGAUGUACAGCCACGUCGCCGCCCGGGCGGAGGACUUCACCGUGUUCUCCCCUUUCAUGGUGGCCCAGUACGUGACGGAGGUGCAGAAGGUGACCCUGUACCCUGCCGUGAAAAGCCUGCUACAGGAAGGCAUUUACCUCAUCCUGGACCUCUGCACCAAGCCGGACGUCCAGUUCCUGCGGGCCUCACUGCAGCCGGGAGCGCGGGACGUGUUUAAGGACCUGCACAACGAUUAUCUCAAGUACCACAAGGCUAAGCACGAAGGGGAGAAGAGAUACACCGUCUGAACCGAGCAGGGGAGAAUCGUCCAGGCCGCUGGGCAGGCCUCAGCUGCGUGGUUGGGAGGAGUCCAGGAAAGAGACUUCGGAUAUUCUCAAUGUCCGUUUACGUGGGAAAUCCUUCAGGGUUGAUAUAAUAUAUUUUGAUGUAUUUUUUAUCA